AUGGCGGACAUCGAUGCUGAGCUCGCAGGCAUCGGCAAGGAGCUCGACAAGGACGCAGAGAUUGAUCGCAUCCGUAGCGUCUUCAGCCUCGAUGCCUACGCCGUCCUAGACCUCCAACCCGGUGUCCCCGAAUCCGACAUUAAAAAAGUCUACCGCGCAAAGUCCCUCCUCAUCCAUCCGGACAAGACGAAGAACGAGCUCGCCCCCGACGCCUUCGACCGCCUCAAGAAAGCCCAGACGGUGCUGCUCGACGAGAAGCUGCGCGCAGAGCUCGAUGAAAACAUUGCCGAUGCGCGUAUGCUGCUCAUGCGCGAGAAGAAGCUCACAGCCGACGACGAGGAAACACGCAGUGAAGAGUUUGCCAAGGAGUGGCGGCAGAAAACUAUCUGGGUGAUACGGGAGAAUGAGUUAAGGAAGCAGAGGCAGAUGAAGGCAGCGAUGCGCGAGGAGGGCAGGGCACAGCGCAAAGAGGAAGAAGAGGCCAAGGAGCGCAAGCGCAAGAGAGAGCAAGACGAGGCAUGGGAGAAGACACGCGACACAAGAAUCAACAGUUGGCGCGACUUUCAGCAGGGCAAAAAACCAGAUGCUGCUGCUGAUGGUGGUGUAAAGAAGAAGAAAAAGAAGGUCAAGGCCUUAGGUUAA